GCCCACGUACCCCACUCUCUCUCUUUCUCUGUCUGUCUCUCUCUUAGACAUUCGCCCUUCAGACACCUUCCUUCUAGUGUAACCCCCUUUUUGUUUUACCUUUCUUCACUUUCCUACACUCCCAACCGUAACGUCCAUCUCCAAACGACGCCGUUUUCAGGGCCGACCGCGAAGCGUCCAUGCGCCACUGCCCUUUUCAUCCCUCCCUGCGAUCUCUAGGGUUUGUUCUUCGAACCCUAGGGUUUUAGCCAUAGUCUGUGUGUGCGUGUUUUUUUGGUUUUUUUCCGAUAGUUUGAUUGUUCGCUUGGAUGGCGACUGAAACCCUAGCGGAUACGAAGGUGGAGGAUGGGCUGGGGGGCAAGGAAGAGGUGAGAGAAGAGAGGGAGCAGAGUGAGGUGGAGGAGAAGAAGGAGAAGGAAGGCGAGGAUUUUCCGGAGAAAUCUGUUUCUCGGGAGAACGAGGAAAACGAAGGAAAGGAAGAGGAAGGUGAUGUGAAGGAAGACGAGAGUAAGGAGGAAAAGGUUGAGAGCAAGAAGGGGAAACGAAGUAGGAAGCAGGGCUCAAAGAGAGGCCAGCGCGAGGGGAAGAAAUCGGGGCAAGAAUCGGCGGCCAAGAAAGCGAAGGCUUCGAGUCGUAAAGAACCUGUUACGCCAAAUGAGAGGCCUACAAGGGAGAGGAAAACGGUUGAACGGUACUCGGAACCGUUACCGGGACGAGCCUCCGCGAGCAAGGGAUUGUCAAUUGAGAAGGGCACUGGCACACAGCUUAAGGAUAUCCCUAAUGUGGCUUUCAAGCUGUCAAAGAAAAAACCUGAUGAAAACUUGCAGAUACUUCACACAAUUCUUUUUGGGAAGAAAGCCAAGAUACAUACCUUGAAAAGGAAUAUAGGCCAAUUUUCUGGCUAUGUAUGGGUUGAGAAUGAGGAGGAAAAGCAGAAGGCAAAAGUAAAGGAGAAACUUGACAAAUGCAUUAAAGAAAAAUUAGUGGAUUUCUGUGAUGUGCUGAAUAUUCCAAUAAACAAAGCCAUUGUUAGAAAGGAAGAACUCUCUGCAAAGUUACUGGAAUUUUUGGAAUCCCCACAUACUACAACUGAUGUUUUGCUUGCUGAUAAGGAACAGAAGGGAAAAAUUCGCAAGAGGAAGGUAACACCAAGCAAAAGCACCAGUCCUGGAGAGACGUCUAUGGAAAAGCCAGCCAAGAAACGAAAACAAACUUCAGUUGGGGAUAAGCAAAGGCCUUCAUCUGAAGUGGAGGGAGAUGAAGUGGAGGGAGAAGAUGAAGUUGAAGCUUCAGGGAGCAGAGAUGAUUCAGAUGAAGUGGAGGGCAAUGAUACAGCUAUGAAAGAACAGAGUGAUCAAGAGGAGACUAAAUCUGAGGAAGAGGAAGAGGAGAAAAAGGAACAGAAAACAACUAAAAAAGCUUCAUCUAGAAAGAGUGUAAAGGAGGAUUCAGGGGCUAAACACAGGGGCAAGAAGGCCUCUGCUUCAAGAUCUGUGAAAAGCCCUGCAAAAUUGACAAAGAAAUCUUCUAGUUCAACUUCCAAAAAAACUGAUGCUGAUGAUACUUCUGUUGCUCCUAAAUCCAAGGAAUCUUCAGCUAAAAAGAGAAAGGCUGAAAAGGAAAGCCAGAAGGAUCAAAGUGAUCCUGCCAAGGAAAAAACUGCUAGUAAAAAACGAUCAACCAGGGCAACAGAAAAGGUUCCAUCAAAGGAUCUAGGAAAAGGCAAAACUAGCAAGAAGGCAAAGCCAGAACCCAGCAGAGAAGAAAUGCAUGCAGUAGUAGUAGAUAUUCUGAAGCAAGUAGACUUUAAUACUGCAACUUUAUCAGAUAUUCUCAGGCAACUUGGUACCCACUUUGACUUGGAUCUAAUGCAUAGAAAGACAGAGGUGAAGGCUAUAAUUACAGAUGUAAUAAACAGCAUGAGUGAUGAUGAAGAUGAAGAGGAGGAAGCCGAGGAAAAUGCUGAAGCUGGAAAUGAUGCAGAUGACAAGGAUGGGGAAGGAGACGGGGAUGGAGAUGGGGAUGAUGAGGCUUAGCUCAUUCAGCUGGGUUGGAGAAACAUCAUAACAAUAUACUUAAAGGUAUGUAGUGGACUCACUCUGGUAGAUCUCCUAUGUACAGAGGUUUCAGCAGCAGUUCCCAUAGACCGUAGAGUAGAGUUGCAAUUUGGAUAUCUUUACCUUUCAGGGACAAAACCUCCCAGCAAGGAUUUAUUUGUACCAUAUACAUCUUCUUGCUAGUACUUCACCCUCAAAGCUGACCUUAAUUCUCAUUUGUUGGUUAUAUAUUUUAAUAUUUUAUUUCUUGUUUCCUUGCCAA